AUGGCCUCCAAUACGCAAAGGGACCCGCGUCUGUUGUGGGUGUUCGAGAAGAUUCGCGAAAAUUUCUACGGCGUCACAGAUGACUCUCUCAACGAUCUGUUCCAAGACGAGGAGAGCGUGGACACCGUGCUGUCCACCCUGAAGGCUGUAGACGGCAUGGAGUCCAGCUUUGUUAUUGUGGCUCGGGAGAAGGAGUCGAUCAAUGGCCACUCUAAGGGUCCGCUGUCGCACGCCGCCAAUGUUCCCCUUCCUCAACAUAACAGCAACGGUGGUGGGAGAGGCCAGAGGCUGCGCAUUUCCUCUGGCGCAGUGUACAACUCCAACAUUGCGUGCUCUGGUCUCUAUGCACCCGACCACAGCCGCUGCCUCUUCUUCGUGCGCGUUGAUCACCGAGAGAUCACAGCUGAAGAUGCUGCCGACUGGGCCACCAACCCGCAGAAUCCGAUGCACUUCGCGUUCGAGCUGUCCGGCACGCAGGUGCCAUCCCUCAACUCUUUCUAUGUACUAUUGAUGGACGUUUUCGAGCCGAUGCUGCAGGACAUGGGGCAGGCAAAUGGGAAACGGAAGGCGCUUAUGGCCCUCGCGCUAGACAACGGUGCCAGUGCCGCGUUGUCUACCCCUGGUGGGGCAGCUGAGGUGGGAAGCGGGGCGGACGCUGCUGACGGUGUCACCACGAUCGGCAACAGUCGCCAGCUGUACAGCGAGAUCCACAGCUGGAUCAACCGCCUCGGCACACAGCUGGAGGGCUUCAUAAGCCAGGUCGGAGCAGAGCGCAAGCUGCUAAUUUCACAAGACUUAUAUACAUUGGAGGACAGCGAUGCCCAGCUGCAGGCAGUGCUGGGCAACAAGGAGGUGCUGCGCCAGGUGGAUACAACGGUGUCGCAGUGGCAGGUGGAGAUCGGUUACGCCAUGUCACUAGAGCCGCAAAAGGAGGGCCCGCUCGGCGAGAUAGAGUACUGGCGUGAGCGGUACAGCACCAUUAGCGCGCUCUACGAGCAGCUGAACUCUUCCCAGGCAAAGUUUAUUUUGAAGAUUGCCAAGGAAGCGGGCUGCACCUCAGCCACGAUGAUCGACUUGACACUACAGCAGUUUUUUCGUAUGUACUCAGAGUCGAAGGACAAUGUGAAGUUCCUUGGCACACUCGACCGCCACUUCCGCACGCUGCACAGCGUAGACCCAAAGGUAGGGUCGCUGCAGCCCAUUAUCGACACACUCUUCUCCAUGAUGACGGCGCUGCGGAUGGUCUGGAUUAUCUCCCGCUUCUACUCCACGGAGGAGCGGAUGGUCGGUCUGCUGGAGAAGAUCGCGCGGCUCAUUGCGCAAAAGGUAAGCGAGCACAUCGACUUCCGUACGGUGCUGACGUUGCCAUCCGAGGUGGCGAAGGGAAAGGUGGCGGAGGGCCAGCAGUGUCUGGUGAAGUGGAAGGCGGCGUACAAAAGUGUGCAGGAGGAGAUCAACAGCUCUGAGCGCGAGCAGCACUGGAACUUCGAUGAGCGGCGCCUCUUUGAGGUGACAGACUACAUGUCGGACCGAUGCACCGACCUGCUGGAGGUAGUUGAGACGGUGGAGUACUACACCACUGUGCUGAGCGCGCAGCUGAAGACAGUGCUGACAGACGCCACCGACAUUGAGCGCAUCCUCAAGGAUGUGGAGAAACUCAAGCGCCCCUUUGGAACGCUCACCUUCGACCCCUUCGAGAGGCGCGCCACGCACAACUGGCAGGUCGUCUUCUCUGCCUUUCUGGCCGCCGUCACGAGCCUCGACCACGAAGUCUCGCUCUUCAUCAAUCGCAUCUUCGACGACGACUUGCGCAGUGCGGAGUCCGCCUUUGAGCUGCUUGUCUCGUUUAAGUGCAUCCGCACCCGCCCCAACCGCGGCGGCGACUCGCUUGACAUCUCGGCACUGCUGCUUGAGAAGACGGACCGCAUUCUUGCCCAGUACUUCACUGAGGUAGAAAACGUGCAGCGCAUUUUUCAGGACCAUAAGGGGGCACCACCACUGACCAAGAACCAACCUCCCGUCGCUGGCGCCAUUCACUGGAGCAUGUCGCUCUUCCAGCGCCUCAAGAAACCAAUCGUGCGCUUCCAGCACGAGGGGAUGCUUAGGUCGCCGAUGGGGCAGCAGGUGAAGGCCAAGUACGUGGAGGCGUCACGGAAGAUGAAGGAUUAUUCAACCGCGCGCUUCUUGCAGUGGCGAGAGGAGGUGCGCGUGCCGGUGCCGGCGUCCCUCAAAUGGAACAUCCUUCGUGCGGAGCCGGACGGCACCUACAAGGUCAACUUCAACUGGUCCAUCUUCGACGUUAUUCGCGAGACGAAGUACCUUGAUCGGCUUGGCUUUGAGAUUCCGAAAGCCAUACUGCACAUUACACUUCAAGAUGAGGCCUAUCACGCAUAUGUGGAUGCGUUGAAUGCGAUGCUGGUCAGCUUCAACUAUGAACUGCGCGUGCUUGCGGGGCCAGAGCGCGCCAUCCUCGCCGCUGAAGUGCGCGAGCUGAAGCAGGCACUGGAGCCGGGCUUCCGCGACAUCAACUGGACCAGCCUUUCCAUCCCCGACUUUGUAACCGGCUGCGAAAAGGCUAUCACCAAGUUCCGAAACAUCAGCCGAGAGGUACGCAAGAGCGCAGACAGCCUUCAGACGCAGGUGGUGAACAAGAUUGCGUCGACGCGCCUCAUCCCUGAGUACCGCGAGUUUCUGCAGGCGGGCGGGGAGCUGCCGGAACUGCAAACUCUUGUCGACAUCAUCGAGCGACGCCGCGUCGAACACUUAGAGCGCUGCAUUCGGGCCUACCGUACGGCAAAGCCACUACUCAACAAGGUGGAGGGUCAGCUGCUGGGCACACACACCGGGAGAUGCGCCACUUUGGCGUCCUACUACAGCCAUUGGGAGCAACGCAUCUGGCGUGCGCUGACGACGAUGGUUCUCAAGUCUCUGGCGAGCUUCGCGAAGCUGGUCGGUUAUACAACCUCCUCGCGCGCCUCCGCUCGGCCGCCGCCUCUCUUCAAGGUGACCAUUCUCCUCACCAGCGAACCGACGUACACGCCCCAGCAGCAGGAGAUCACGACAGCUUUCCACAAAAUUCAAGCUGGCAUCAUCGAGACCACAAAGCACUUUCAGCGGUGGAUGCGCGGGACGUGCCUGGAGUUUACACAAGGCGAGAUCAUCCCGCGGCCGGCGGAGGAAGAAUAUAAGACACUCUUCACCUACUACCAGGACAUCUACAAUCUUCCCCAGGUAUACAAGCUGCAGGCGCUGGUAAACCGAACCAUUCAGACCCACCUUGGCGCCUUGGCGACGAACAUCAAGAUGCUGCAGCGAUACCGCUUUGUUUUCCUGGCGGACAAGAAGAUCUCGGUGGAGCAGCAGGCCAAGAGCCAGCUUCAGUGGAUCGACUACGAUGCCAAGUUUCAACUCUACUUCAACAUGAUCCACGACUUCGACGAGGAGAACCACCUGCACGACUUUGGCUUCAUGCGGUGCGACGAGACACCGUUCUACACGGAGCUUGUCGGGCAUGUGUAUCAGUGGGUUGCGAUGGAAGGUGCGCAGCUGAGUGAUACAGUGCGCACCCGCAUGAUGCAGCGCUACAACACUAUCAAAAAAAUCAACGAAGAUCUGAUGCGGCCGUGCGACAACAUUGCUGACCUCAAGCUUGUGCUGGAGGUGAUGCACAACGCGCGGACGUCAUCGCUCGAGGUAGAGCAGGCGGUGCGUGAGAUCGAGUAUGUGUAUAGCUCGCUUCAGCACUACGGCGUCCCGCUGGACGCUGAGAUGGUGAAACUAGCAAUGAGUCUGCAGGACAUGUGGUCCUGCACCCUGGCCCGCGUGCAUCAGACAGGCAUUGCGUUGAAGCCACGCAAGGUGCAGUUCCGUGAGUUGACGAUGCAAGAGGUCAGCAAGUUCCUUGAUGGGGGGGCGAAUGUGUUGCAGGAGUUCCGCCGCACCGGUCCUGGCCGCGCCGACAUCGACCUCGCCGCCGGGAACGAGGCAAAGAAGCAGUGGCGCCAACGACUCAGCGAGCUACAAAUGAAGCGCGACCAACUUGUCAAAGCCGAGAAACUCUUCGAUCUCCCCCUGACGACCCACACGUGCCUGCAGCAGCUGAACGAGGAGCUGACGAAGGUGGAGACGGUCUACUGCCUCUACGAGCAGUGGAUGAGCGACCUGCGCCGCUGGAACCGGAGUAGCUGGAAGGAUCUACUCCUCUCCGACUUAGAGGCGACGACGGAGGAGCGAGCCAAGCAAGCGCGCAUUUUGGGAAAGCAGUAUGGCAUGGUCGACCCCUUUCCUGCUGUGCAUCAGCUCAUCCUUAACUUUCAGAGCUCACUACCGCUGCUGGCAAAGCUGAAGAGCCCGGCGCUAAAGACACGCCACUGGACAGAGCUUAUGCGGGUGACUGACAAGCGCUUCAACUACGAGCAAAUCAACCUCAGCGAGCUCAUUGCGAUGGAGGUAUUCCGCUACACGGACGAGGUAGAUCGCAUUGUGCUGGCGGCGGCUCGUGAGCAGGGAAUCGAGCAGGAGAUCCGCACCAUCAAGCAGUACUGGGCGGAGAAAGUAUUCACGCCUGUUCCGUACGCGCCGCGCAAGGGCAUCCCCCGCUGCGACGUCCUCACCGACACAACCGAAAUCCAGGAGGCUGUAGACGACAACACGCUCAAGGUGCAGUCCAUCGCGAACGUCCAGUGGGCGCAACCGUUUUUCGAGGAGGUCAAGGCGUGGGAGCGUCGCCUGUGCGUUAUAAGCGACGUCAUCUCGGUUUGGGUGACUGUGCAGCAGAAGUGGCAGUACCUCGAGUCCAUCUUCAAGGGCAACGACGACAUUGCACAGCAGCUGCCCAAGGAGACCGCCAAGUUCCACGACCUUGACAAGAAGUUUGUGCGCCUCAUGAACGACACGAGUGCCUCGCCGAACGUGUGUCACUGCUGCAACGUCACAGGUCGGCUGGAAGAGCUGCGGCACUUGGAAGAGAAGCUUGAGGAGUGCCAGAAGGACCUCUCGAACUACCUUGAAGCAAAGCGCUGCCUCUUUCCACGCUUUUACUUCAUCUCCGAUGACGAGCUGCUUUCGAUUCUCGCGACCAGCAGCGCCAAGGCGGUGCAGGAUCAUAUGCUGAAGAUGUUCGACAACUGUGCCCAGCUCGUAUUCAAAAGCGAGCGCGAUGAGACCAUCUGCGGUGUGGAGUCGCAGGAAGGAGAGCGACUCGACUUUGGCACCCCCGUGAAGACGGACGGCCGCCCGGUGGAGGAGUGGCUGCAAGCCGUCCUUGACGAGUCCAGGCAGUCUCUACACGACAUUCUGAAGGCCGGCGUCUUCUACUACCCAAAGAUGCAGCGGCUGGAGUGGGUGAGGCAGUAUCACGGCAUGGUGACGCUGACAGGUGCGAAGGUGUUCUGGACGUAUGAAGUCGAGUAUGCUUUUACGCAGGCGCGCAAGGGAAAGCGCAGCGCCGUGAAGGAGCUCUCGGCGUCGCUGGGCCGCCAGCUCAUCGAUCUGGUCGCCGAGAUGGGCAAGGACAUGGACAAGCUGUACCGCAAGAAGAUUAACACGCUCAUCAUUGUGGACGUGCACGGCCGCGACAUUGUUGACCGGUUCGUUCGCGACUCCGUGACAGACGCUCGCGAGUUCGACUGGGAGUCGCAGCUUCGUUUCUACUGGGAAAAGGCCGUGGACACCUGCACGAUUGCGCAGUGCACGGGUCGCUUCCGUUACGGGUUCGAGUACAUGGGCCUGAACGGCCGCCUCGUCAUCACGCCGCUGACGGACCGCUGCUUCAUGACACUGACCCAGGCGCUGACGUUCUGUCUCGGCGGCGCCCCGGGCGGUCCAGCUGGCACGGGCAAAACAGAGUCCGUGAAGGAUCUCGCGAAGGCGAUGGCGAUCCAGUGCGUCGUCUUCAACUGCGGCGAAGGCCUCGACUAUAAGGCGAUGGGCACCAUCUUCUCUGGUCUCGCGCAGAGUGGCUCGUGGGGGUGCUUCGAUGAGUUCAAUCGAAUCGAGCUUCCGGUACUGUCGGUUGUGUCGGAGCAGCUCCGCUCAAUCCAGGCGGCGCUGCGGGCGGGUAACAGAGAGUUUUUGUUCGGUGACAGCGUCAUACGCCUGGUGCCGACGGUCGGCACGUUCAUCACCAUGAACCCGGGCUACGCGGGCCGCGUAGAGCUGCCAGACAACCUGAAGGCGCUCUUCCGCCCUGUGGUGAUGGUGGUGCCGGACAUGGAGCUCAUCGCCGAAAACAUGCUCUUCUCCGAGGGCUUCACGACCGCGCGGGAGCUGGCACGCAAGAUGGUGACUCUUUACUCCCUCGCCAAGGGCCAGCUAUCGAAGCAGCACCACUACGACUGGGGUCUGCGCGCGCUCAAGGCGGUACUCGUGAUGGCGGGGCAGCUGAAGCGUGGUUCCUCCGAGCUGACCGAGGAGUCGGUGCUUAUGCGUGCGCUGCGUGACAUGAACGCGCCGAAGUUCAUUGCGCAAGAUGAACCGCUCUUCAAGGGCCUCAUGGGAGACUUGUUCCCUGGGCUUGACCCGACGCGCGUCCCGCAGGAGAACCUCGUCAAGGCCAGCACGAGCGUGUUGAAGGAGCGCGGCCUCCAGAUUAACCUGAAGCAGAUCGACAAGGUGGUGCAGCUGUACGAGACGAUGCAAACACGACACACAUCGAUGGUUGUCGGCCCGACCGGCGGCGGCAAGUCAACGGUGAUCGAGACCCUGUGCAAGGCGCAGACAGUGCUCGGCCUCACGACGAAAUCCUACGUCAUCAACCCUAAGGCGCAGCUGACCUCCGCUCUGUACGGCAUGAUGGACCCCAUGACGCGCAACUGGACGGACGGGAUCUUCUCGAAUAUCUUCCGCAGCAUCAACAGGCCCGCGGAAGGGGUGGAGCGGGAGCGGCGGUACGUUAUCUUCGACGGCGAUGUGGACGCGAAGUGGGUGGAGGACAUGAACUCUAUCAUGGAUGACAACAGGCUGCUCACGCUGCCGAACGGCGAGCGUAUUCGGCUGCACCCACAAUGCUCGCUGUUGUUUGAGGUGGGAGACUUGCAGUACGCUUCGCCGGCCACCGUCUCGCGUGUCGGCAUGGUCUUCCUCGAUCCAAUCAACCUCGGCUGGACGCCGUUCAUGCAUGCGUGGAAGAUGCGCCGCCCGCGUGAUGAACAGGAGACGCUGACGGAGCUGGUGGAGCAGUUUGUACAGCCGCUGAUUCACUUCGUUUUGGACGGCGCAGACGAGGUGGGGGCGGUGUCGCCACCGCCGAAGCUGGCGCUUCCGACGAACGCGCUGAACAUGGUGAAGCAGCUGACGACAAUGUUGAGCAUCGUGUCGCCCAAGGAAUCCUCUUUGGAGCCGCGCGCGCUUCAGUCCGUCUUUAUUUUCGCCUGCGUGUGGAGUUUUGGUGCUCUUAUCAGCUCAGGGACAGAUCGGGUGCGCUUCGACACCUUUCUGAAGCGCAUCAGCGGAUGGAACCUGCAGGACGUCGGCGACAACUUCCUCACCCGCUUUGUCGGCUCCGGUUCGCUGCCAGAGGCGCGUACCUUAUACGACUACUACUUUGACCUGCAGGACAGUCGGUGGAAGCCGUGGAAUUUGCUCGUGAAACCGUUUGAGCGGAAGCCCGGCCAGCCGUUUUGCUCGCUGCUCGUGUCCACUGUAGACACGGAGCGAAAUAUGUGGUUGCUGAACAAAGUGAUGCUUAAUCGAACCCCUGUCAUGUUUGUGGGCGAGAGCGGAACGGCAAAAACAGUGACGAUUCAGUCGCACCUGCAGCACCUGAAGUGGGCCUCUCUGCAGUCGAGCAAGAGCAGCGGCGAAGGCGGCAGUGACGAUGUCCAACUAGAGGUAAUGCUGCUCGAGAUGAAUUUCAGCUCCCGCACCACCUCUCUUGACGCACAGCAGGCCAUGGAGGACAACAUCGAGAAGCGCACCAACACCGUCCUCGGCCCCCCUGCAAAGAAACGGCUGAUCGUGUUUGUGGACGACAUCAACAUGCCGAAGGUGGACCUUUACGGAACGCAGCAGCCCAUCGCCUUCCUGAAGCUGCUCAUCGAAAGUCAGCACUGGUACGACCGCAAGGACCUGUUAUUCAAGAACGUGCGCGACACGCAGUUCGUCGCCGCGAUGGCGCCGCCCGGUGGUGGCCGCAACGCGCUUGACCCCCGCUUCGUUUCCCUUUUCACUGUUUUCAAUAUUCUGUUCCCUGAAGAGGAGGCGAUCCACACUAUCUACCAGCAGAUCUUGGCCCACACGUACAAGAUGCUGCCUGUCGGCGCCGACUUCGCGACGACGAUCACGUCCAUGACGUUGCAACUGUACGUUUGCCUCGUCGCAGCGUUGCCUGCAACACCAGCCAAGUUUCACUACAUCUUCAACCUUCGCGAUUUGUCCCGGAUCUACGAGGGCCUCUGCCGCGCAACUCCUGACAAGUUCCCGUCGACGGGCGCCCUUGUCCGCCUGUGGCGCAACGAGGUGAUGCGUGUGUUUGUCGACCGCAUGGCUGAGGAGGACGACAAGGCGUUUGUCUGCGGGCUAAUCGAGAAGCAGGUGUCGCAGCACUUCCCGCGCGAGACGGCAACCGUCAUGGCCGACCCGCUGCUGCUUGGCGACUUCGGCGACUUUAAUCCGGUAGGUGAGCAGGAGGCGCUGCACAUCUACGAAGAUUUUGGCCCCUCCUACACCCGCGCGCGGCAGCUUGUCGAGGCGAUCAUGGAUGAAAUCAACACUCCAGUCAAGAAGAUCAACCUCGUCAUGUUUGACAUGGCACUCGAGCACCUGCUGCGCAUCACGCGUGUCCUGUCCCUCCCGCGCGGCCACUGCCUCCUUGUCGGUGUCGGUGGUAGCGGCAAGCAAUCCCUCACGAAGCUGGCGGCGUCCAUCAGCAAGAUGGGCGUGUUUGAGAUCGUGCUGGCGCGCCAUUACGGCAAGGAUGCCUUCCGCGAAGACUUGAAGAGGCUCUAUCAGCGUGUGGGUGUGCAGAAGGAGAAGAUGGUCUUUCUAUUUAUGGACGGCCAUGUCAAGGAGGAGGGGUUCCUGGAGGACAUCAACAACCUCCUAGCCGCCGGCAUGGUCCCUGCCCUCUUCACAGAAGAGGAGAAGGAGCCCCUCUACGCUAGUGUGGCAGAGGACGUCGAGGCGGCAGGGCUGUGCCCGUCAAAGGACAACAAGUGGACCACCUUUAUUGCGCGCUGUCGCGAUAACCUGCACGUUGUGCUCUCAAUGAGCCCCUCCGGCGACGCGCUGCGCACGCGCUGCCGCAACUUUCCCAGCCUCAUCAACAAUACGACAAUUGACUGGUUCCAGAAGUGGCCGGCUCAGGCGCUGGAGGCGGUUGGCCGUAAAGUUCUGGCCGAGGAGACGCUACCGGAUGAGCUGCGCACGCCGAUUGUGGAGCACAUGGUGCACGUGCACCUAACAGCGGACAGGCUGUCGAUUCGCUACCAGAACGAGCUGAAGCGACACAACUAUGUGACCCCUCGGAACUACCUUGGUUUCCUGGCAAACUAUGCCAAGCUGCUUGUGACGCGGCGCGAGGAGAUUGACGACAUUGUGAAGAAGUUCACGAUUGGCCUAGACAAGCUGAAGCACGCGGAGGCCGAGGUCAACGUCUUGAAGGAGGAGCUGGCCGAGAAGGAGGUCACGCUGCGCGAGAAGCAGGAGAUCAAUGACCAAACAACGCGUGAGAUCACCGAGCAGAAGCAGAAGAACCAGGCGCGCAAGGAUGAGUCUCUGAAGAUGGAAGACGAGCUCAACAUUCAGAACGCGGAGAUCGAGAAGGAAUCGGCGGAGGCGCAGGUGGUGCUGGAGCAGGCGAUGCCAGCUCUGGAGGAAGCGAUGGAAGCGGUGCGGCACAUUGACCCGAAGAGCAUCACAGAGCUGCGCUCCUUCGCGAAGCCCUCCGUCAACGUCGUCGCUGUGGUGCGCAUGGUGUGCAUUGUGAAGGGCGUCCCGGCGACGUGGGAGUCGGGCAAGAUUAUGAUGGGCCAAGCGGACUUUAUUCGCUCCUUGGUCGACAUCGACACCCUCACACCCACGCUGAACCAGGCAAAGAUGAAUGAGAUCAACAAAGUACUGAAGGAGUUCCCGGUAAAUUCAAAUGACCUCAAGAAGGUGAGUAUGGCAGCCUCGGGUCUGAUGAUUUGGGUGGAGGCGAUGAAGCAGUACUGGAAUGUGGCCAAGGAGGUUUUCCCGAAGCAGGAGCUGGUGCGUCAGUUGCAGAAGGCCAAGGAGAUGGCGGAGAGGCAGUUGCAGGCAUGCCGUGACGAGAUCGAGCGCCUCACAGAAAGCCUGCAGCGACUGGAGCAGCAGCUCGAAGCUGGCAUGGCAGAGGCACGGCGGCUGCAGGAAGAGAAGGCCGUGAUGCAGCGCCGUCUCAACGCAGCGCGCAGGCUGAUCGAUGGUUUCAGCUCGGAGCGGGUGCGGUGGACGGAGGAGAAGACGCUUCUCAGCGCUUCGCGCAGCCGCCUCGUUGGCGACUGCCUGGCUGGAGCAGCUUUUCUGUCGUACCUUGGUGCCUUCACGUACCCGUACCGUCAGGAGGCACUCGACAAUAUCUGGGUGCCGGACCUACGCUCGCGCGGCAUUCCGCUGACAGAGGGCUUUGAUCCACGGCAGCUGCUGACGAACGACGUCGCGGUCUCGAAGUGGGCCAGUGACGGACUGCCGUCGGAUGCGCUGUCGGUGCAGAACGGCAUCCUGACUUCUGUCAGCACCGACUACACCGGCAAAGGCAAGCGCGCCGGAAAGAUUCGUUUUCCGCUGUGCAUCGAUUCUCAGAUGCAGGCGGUCAGGUGGAUCAAGCGCCAGCACCAGGGCAACCCCCGCUUCGAGACGGCGACCUUCAGUGACCCUGACUUCCUCAAGAAACUCGAGUUUGCCAUCCAAUACGGCAACCCCUUUCUCUUCGAAAACGUGGACGAGUUCAUUGACCCCAUCAUCGACUCCGUGCUCGACCCGCAGUUCCGCUAUGAGUCGGGCCAGCGACUGAUCCGCAUUGGGGAUAAGGACAUUCCAUGGGAUGAAAACUUUCAGCUUUACCUCUGCACGAAGCUGCCAAACCCCAACUAUGCAGCAGAGGUGUUCGGCAAGACGCUUGUCAUCAACUACGGUGUCACCGAAGACGGAUUGGAAGCGCAGCUGCUGAACUACGUCGUCGCAAGCGAGCGCAGCGAUCUACAGCGGCAGAGCGAGGAGCUUGUGCAGACCAUGGCCGAGAACCGCGCACAGCUCAAGGAGCUUGAAAACACGCUCAUUCGCGAACUCACCCUCGCGACGGGCAAUAUCCUUGAUAACGACGACCUCAUCGCCACCCUGGAGAACACGAAGAGUAGCGCGACCGAGGUGGAGCAGAAGCUCCGUCAGGCGCAGGAGACGGCGCAGACAACGGAGGAGUCGCGCCAGCAGUACCGUCCGGCGGCAAAGCGUGGCGCCGUGCUCUACUUUAUAAUCUCGCAGCUUUCCGCCAUCAACCCCAUGUACGAGUACUCACUCUCUGCUUUCCUCCACGACGUUUUUGGCUACUCUAUCACCAAGAGCGAUGCCUCCUUCGAGAUUCAGGACCGCCUGCGCAACAUCAUUCAGACCCUGACGUACAACUUGUACACGUACGUCUGCAUGGGCAUCUUCGCCAAGGAUAAAGUUAUGCUGUCCUUUCAGAUGGCCGUGCGUCUUCUGAGUCAAGAGGGCCGCAUGGUGCAGAGCGAGCUGGAGUUCUUCCUGCGCGGCUGCGUCCUGGCGUCCAAGAGCCUUCCGGCGAAUCCGGUGCAUUGGCUGACGGAGCGACAGUGGAACGACGUGUGCAAACUCGCCGCCAGCGUCGACGUGUUCAAGCACCUUUGCGAGGACGUGGCCGCCAACGUGGAGGAAUGGCAAGCGUGGGCGGCGCUGGACCGCCCAGAGGAACUGGAGAGUCAUCCGCUGCCGUGUGGAUACUCGAACAAGAUUUCGGCAUUUCAGCUGCUGUGUCUAUUGCGCUGUUUUCGGUCAGACCGCGUGUACAGCGCUGUCACAAACUUCAUCUCCACGUGCGACCUGCUGGGCGAACAGUUUGUCAUGCCACUGAUUCUGCGCUACAAGGAGGUGCUGGAGAAGAGCUCUUCUAUGUCGCCGAUCGUCUGCAUCGUGUCGCCCGGCGCGAACCCGACAGAUGAGAUUGUGAAGCUGGCUGUGAAGGAGGUUGGGCUGGACAAGAUGCGCUCCAUCUCGCUUGGCCAGGGUCAGGGUGAGGAGGCCAUGCGGCUCGUCGAGGUCGGAGCGACGCGCGGGCACUGGGUGCUGCUCCAGAACUGCCACCUGCUCACAGCGUGGAUGAAGGACAUGGAGAAGAUGCUGGAGAAGAUGGACUCUUCGCAGGUGCAUGAGCAGUUCCGGCUGUGGCUCACCACGGAGCCAAGCGAGCGGUUCCCCAUGGGAAUCCUGCAGCGCUCCCUCAAGGUGGUGAAUGAGCCGCCUAACGGGCUCAAGAUGAACAUGAAGAGCACGCUCUCCAAGGUCACAGAGGAUCAGCUGGACGUCUGCCCACACUGGGCAUUCCGGCCGCUCGUCUUCACCCUGGCCUUCUUCCACGCAGUGGUACAGGAGCGGCGCAAGUACGGCAAGAUCGGCUGGAACGUCACCUACGACUUCAAUGAGACGGACUUCACGGUGUCGAUGCGGCUGUUGGACACGUACCUCACCAAGGCGUACCUGAACAAGGAUCCACUGCCGUGGGAGACACUGCGCUACCUCGUCGGGGAGGCCAUGUACGGCGGGCGCGUCACGGACGGCAUGGACCGCCGCAUCGUGCAGACGUACCUUGCCGAGUACUUUGGCGACUAUCUUUUCGACACCUUCCAGCCCUUCCAUUUCUUUGUCGAGUCCGGCGUCGCAGACUACUGCCUGCCAUUGGGGAGCACCGACCCCGAGAAGAGGAUCACGCUAAAUCAAAUGGUGGCGCAGGUGGACACGUUCCCGAACGCAAACGCGCCGGACGUCUUUGGACUCCACCCGAACGCAGAGACGGGCUACCUGCGGCACUCGGCAGAGACUUUGUGGUCUAGCUUGAUCGAGCUGAUGCCGCGCGUUAGCACCGUCGCGGUCGGCGAGGAGACGCGCGAGGCCAAGCUGACAAAGUUCACCGAGGAGAUCCUUCUCCAGAUCCCAGAGCCGUUUGACAUGAAGGUGGUGACGCGCAAGGAGACGGAACGGGCGACCGAGAAGGGCUACGAGGCGGUGCAGCCCACGCAGGUGGUGCUGCUGCAAGAGAUGGAGCGCUGGAAUAGACUUGUGAAUGUCAUGAAGACGUCUCUGAAGGAGCUGCAAAAAGCGUUGUCGGGUGCUAUUGGCAUGAGCAGCGAACUUGAUGAGCUUGAGUCUGCUCUCGACAACGGUCAGCUGCCGCAGUCAUGGCGCCGCUACGCCCCAGCGACGCGCAAGAACCUCGGACGAUGGAUCGCGCAUUUUCAGCGCCGCUACCAGCAGUACCUCUCGUGGAACAUGAAUGGCGAGCCCAAGUGCGUGUGGCUUUCGGGCCUCAUGGUGCCUGACUCGUACCUCUCUGCGCUUGUGCAAGUGACGUGCCGCAAGUACCGCUGGCCGCUCGACAGGUCGACGAUAAUGACGACGGUUACUGCCUAUGCAAGCCCGGAUGAUGUCACGGCGGCGCCAGAGGACGGCGCGUACGUUGGCGGACUGUACCUUGAGGGUGCACGCUGGGACGCUGAACGCCGCGCGCUGGCCCCGCAGCUGAAGAAGAAGCUAAUCACGGAGUUGCCGGUCAUGCAGAUUGUGCCAACCGAGUCCUCGCGUGUGAAGACGAUCGGCACCUUUAAGACGCCGGUGUACGUCAACGGUGAUCGUCGGAGUGCCGCUGGUGUGGGUCUCGUGUUCAUGGCGGACCUCCCGUCCGACGUGCACCCGUCCUUGUGGGUGCUGGAAAGCGUGGCGCUGUUGCUGGAGUCGGACGACUGA